UCAGUUUUCAGAGAUGAGAAUUUUUGUGCUGCUAGCUAUCGCGACCGCUUUUGCUUGCGCUUACGAUCCGUUGUUUCUAGAUGAACUUAAGGAGAUAGUCGAGAAUGAGAAAGACAAGAGAACAUUGGACAACCUUGCUAAGAACGACAUGAUAAUACGCUCUGAAGAAAAGGAAAAACUUGACGAAAUUUUGCAUGAACAGCCUGAAAGUAUUCAGGAAAGAUAUGAAUCGAAGGUGGAAAGCAUGAAAACCGCGCAUCAAGAGAAACUGAAUGAAUUGGUUGAAAAGGCCGCCAAUCAAGAAGUCAAACAGGACUUGCAGCAAAUUGAGGAAGUGAAUAAUAACCUGGAUAUUUCAGAAAAAGAAGCGAAAAUGAAGAAGAAAGAACUCGAAGAGGACGCGAUCAAAUCGCAGAUCAAGCAACUGAGGGAGGAUUUGUCAGCAAUAUGAUAUGUGUUUGAGCUUUCCGUAUAAACUGCAGUUAGCGUUAAACGUUUGAUUUCUCAAAGUUCGCAAGUAUGAAAGUCCUUCAACGUUUUUAUUUCGCCCUUAGCUGUCAAAACUGCUUUGUACAGUCUGUCUCAAUCAGAUCAGGCCAAACAGUCGGCGUAAAUUUGCGCGCUCGCAGCGCUAGCGGUCUGCGCUGCAUAUGCGCGCUGUUGGAGAGAGC